GAUGCGAGUUGAGUCUCUGGGUUGUUGAUGUUCCACAGUCGCACAAGGCGAAGCGGCUGUUGCCCGUGUUGAUUCAGCCUCCUCCUCCUCCUCCUCCUCUUCCUCACUCACUCACUCACUCCUCCUCCUCCUCCUCCUCCUCCUGGUCUUCAGCACUGCUCCCCGCUGGACAGCUCCUGCUUGGACAACAUCUACCGCUGCGAGUCUUCUUCUUCUCCUCCUCCCUCUUCUUUUUUUUAAUGGAAGUAAAAAUCCGUUUAUGCUCCGAGAUACGCGGGGAGUUUACAACUUCGUCCACGGGAGGAUCAAUCCACGCACCCCUCGUCUCGGGCUCUGCGGCGGGCAGCGUCCACGAUCCCCGGCGGAGCGGAUCGCACAUCCAUUGUUGACGGCGGAGCGGCGAGCCCGCGUGUGCGCGCGCACGGGCGUCAUCUCCAGACACUCGUGUGUCCAGAGGUUAUAAGGCUCUUGAAAAAAAAAAAGCAGGGAGGAGGGGGGGGGGGGGGAGAGACAAAACAACAAAAAAAAAGACCGUGAAGCUGCUGUCUACGUGGACCGGUGCUGAAGCAUCCUCGCGUCCGACGGCCACCAGGACCCUCUCCUCCUCCUCCUCCUCCUCCUCCUCCUCCUGCUGCGCCAAACCCAAAGCCAUGGCGACGAACGGCACCAAGGCGGACGGAGCCGCCACGGAGCUGAACGAGGUGGCGGCCAACAGCGACAAGCCCACGUCGCUGGACGUGAAGCCCGAGAAGCAGAAGAAGGAUCUGCCCGACAGGGAGACAUGGGCGGGAAAAUUUGACUUCCUCCUGUCGUGCGUGGGUUACGCAAUUGGACUUGGCAACGUGUGGAGGUUUCCGUAUCUGUGUGGGAAGAACGGCGGAGGAGCCUUCUUGAUUCCUUACUUUUUGACCCUCAUAUUUGCCGGGGUCCCCUUGUUUCUACUGGAGACCGCCCUCGGACAAUACACCUCCAUUGGAGGGCUUGGUGUGUGGAAGCUGGCUCCUAUGUUUAAAGGUGUGGGCCUUGCAGCCGCCGUCCUCUCCUUCUGGCUUAACAUUUACUACAUUGUUAUCAUUAGUUGGGCCAUUUACUACCUGUACAACUCCUUCACCAGUCAACUUCCAUGGAGCUCGUGUAACAACGCAUGGAACACAGAGAAGUGUUACACCAACUACUCCAUCAUAGACACCACCAACCUCACCAGCUCAGUGGUGGAGUUCUGGGAGCGCAACGUUCAUGAAAUGACCGAUGGCUUGGAAAAACCAGGCCAGCUUCGAGUGCCACUGGCAAUAACUCUGGCCAUCGCCUGGGUCCUUGUGUACUUCUGCAUCUGGAAAGGCGUUGGCUGGACGGGGAAGGUGGUUUACUUCUCGGCCACGUAUCCCUACUUCAUGCUGUUCAUCCUCUUCAUCCGCGGGGUGACUCUACCCGGAGCUAGUGACGGAAUUCUGUUCUACAUCACCCCCAACUUUGAGAAACUCAAAGAGUCCGAGGUCUGGCUGGAUGCAGCCACCCAGAUCUUUUUCUCCUAUGGAUUGGGACUGGGGUCUCUCAUCGCUCUGGGCAGUUAUAACCCGUUCAAAAACAACGUUUACAGAGACUCUAUCAUCGUGUGCUGCAUCAACUCGUGCACCAGCAUGUUCGCUGGCUUUGUGAUCUUCUCCAUUGUCGGCUUCAUGGCACACGUGACAAAGAAAGACAUCGCCGACGUGGCAGCUUCGGGUCCUGGCUUGGCCUUCCUGGCCUACCCGGAGGCCGUGACCAAGUUGCCCAUGUCUCCUCUCUGGGCCAUUCUGUUCUUCUCCAUGUUGCUCAUGCUGGGGAUAGACAGCCAGUUCUGCACCGUCGAAGGCUUCAUCACCGCUCUGGUGGACGAGUUUCCCCGAGCUCUGAGGGGCAGACGAGAGAUCUUCAUCGCCGUCGUCUGUCUGGUGUCCUAUGUGAUCGGACUGUCAAACAUCACGCAGGGUGGCAUCUAUGUGUUCAAACUGUUUGACUACUACUCUGCCAGUGGAAUGUGUCUGCUCUUCUUGGUCUUCUUUGAAUGCAUCUCCAUAUCCUGGUUCUACGGUGUGAACAAGUUCUACGACAACAUCGAGGAGAUGAUCGGCUACCGGCCUUGUAUAUGGUGGAAGAUGUGCUGGGUCGUGUUCACCCCUGUCAUCGUCGGUGGGGUGUUCUUGUUCAGCGCCAUACAAAUGGUUCCUCUCACCCUGGGAACCUAUGUGUUCCCAGCCUGGGGUCAGGGAGUGGGCUGGCUCAUGUCGCUGUCCUCCAUGAUUCUUAUACCAGGGUACAUGAUCUACAUGUAUCUGGGACUCAAGGGCACUUACAAAGAGCGACUUCGGAUAAUGCUGCGGCCUCCUGCGGUCGCCAGGCGACCUCAAGAGAACGGACCCGAGCAGCUGGUGGAAACCAACACCGCCAACCUAUCCAGUCCAGCCGAUCCCGCCAGCGCCGCCAGCCCGGCUCCCGCCGACGCCGCCAGCCCCGCCAGCCCGGCUCCAGUCGCCGCCAUCAGCCCCGUGACGCCGGCUAACCCAGCUCCUCCCCCAGCAAAUCCAGCGGUCGCCGCCGCCAGCCCAGUGAACCCGGCGACUAGUCCCACCACCAUCACCACCACCACCACCACCACCGCCGCCGCCGCCUCCACGACCAGUCCAGUAAAUCCCACCGCCACCACCACGACUGUUAGUCCAACUAGUCCGCCGCCCAACGCAGCAAGCCCGACGGAGCCCGCUAACCCCUCGAACCCAACGAGCCCCACCUCUAACCUGACCAAUGCCGAGGCCAAUGUGUAGACAACGAAGAAAAACCCACAUGGAGCGUGUAGACAAAAAAAAAAGAGAACAUUGCAAAAGGACUUCCAAGAUUUUAAUUGACCCACCUACCUCCAGGGGCGAUAUGUAAUCAAAACACAGAUCUUCAAACCAUGUCAAAUUUUUCUGCAUUUGUAUUUGUUGCUUUGCAUUCUGAAAACAACAUGAAAGACUGUUGGUCACAAAUACAACCAUAAAUCUGAGUUUCAAAAAAAGUAAUUGUAAACUUACUGUGUAAUACUGUGAGAAAAGAAGAGGAAGAAAAAAAAAAAUACCCCACAGAGAUAUAGAUUAGAAAUUUGUCGAGUAUCUUCAUGAAUCCAGUAAAUACUGUGUGAAUAUAAGUAGAUGAAGUAGUGAGCGAAAAAUUGACACCACUGAAGAACGCAAAGGGGAUGGCGUCGAUUCUGUUGUGGAUGUUUACUGAACCUCACACAGUUGUCCCUUUUCCAAAUGUUGCACUCUGUGAGGUACAAAACCACCGGGCGCCCGGCGGAUGACGAGCUCUGAGAGAGAACAAAGCCAAUGAGAAGUUCACGAUUAAGAGCUCUGCAGCAAUCCAGUAAUUGUUGAAAAAAGAUAUUGUCUGCGUGUGAGAGAGAGACUGUUAAUUUUUUGUAUUACUUUUUCCUUUCUUUUUUUUUCAGUAAAAAAAAAGAAGAAAAAAAGAAGAGAAAACUUUUAUGUGAUCAAAGCAUUUUUAGAAUUAUUUUUAGGAUGUUUUAUACUAUACGUGUUUGUGAUGGAGGACCAAAAUCAAAUGAGGCAGACAGAAGCAAAAACUAUGCCGUUUAGUGUUCGGUUGGUAAAAGCACAGGGUACAAAGAAGUACACACAAAAAAAAAAAAAGACGAAGAAGAAGAAAAAAAGCACAGGGUUAGAAAAGUGAUUUUACGAAAACUUGGACGAUCCCUUAAUGCUGACGAGUCAAUCCUGUUUACGUUUUGCAUGCAUUCCUCAGGAACUAUCAGUGAAAACAAAUCUGAAACGUCUCCUGACAAAAAAAAACUAAAACUGAGAAAGGCCUUAAGCCAAUGCGCAGAUUCCAACUAAGCCAUAGUCUGUUUACACGACUGGGCACAAGUAUGAAAAUACCACUUUUUAUGCGAGCACACACACAUACAUACACACACACACACACACACACACACAAAAAAACCUGGACCAACUCUGUGUCGAAGUACAGUCAUCAUUAUUUUCCUUUUAUGUGUGAUGAUCAGUUAUAGUUUGAUCAACAUGUAACUCAGCAAUACAUAUGUAGAUGUAUAAGUGCAGGCCAGUAAGCAAGUGGCCUGUUUCCUGUUUUCCGUUAUUGUCUUUGCUUUACUAGUGAAAAGCACAAAGCUUUAAUUCCCCCCCCCCGCCCAGACGUUUGCCAUCGUGUGUUAGGACAACGUUAGUUUGCUUCUACGGCAGCUACUGUGAAAAGCAUCGGGUCGAGCAGAACACGUUCACUUCGGAAAAGCAACAACAACGCGAGCGAAGGUGUGAAAAUGGCUACUGCAGUUCAUGUCCUGUGAAUUUUGUAUAAAGUUACUCUACCGCAGUUUUCUCUGGAACUGUUGUCGUAAAAACUGUACCGUGUAAAACGUGUAACUGUGAAUGUCUGUAAUACAUUGGAAGUUAUUGUCUAAAUGUUGAAGAAAAAAAAAAAAUGGAGUUGCUGUUUUCUGCAAUAAUAUUUUGACCGAGAAGCUAAAGCACAUAUCUUACAGAAGUAUAAGA